GAAUCUGUUAUCGUGCUUGUUUGACUCCAUGAUUACGAUUUUCUGAAUCACCGUCUCUUGACUACCUACUUCACCAUACAUACCUCCUUACCUUACCUAGGCAAUAAGGCUCUCUCCCUUUGCGUGCCAGGCCUGACAGAUAAGGGAGUUGUAGGAACUAGAUGUGCAAAGUACUCUCACCGAGUUUUCCUUCUUGACCUCUAUCAGCCUCGCCUAUUUAACCUAUUUUUAUUUUGUUUGCGUUUGCGAGAUUUAUCGUAUCUUUGACGUCACGGUAAACAAACCAACACGAUGGCUACAAUGGCUACCGAAACCCUUCAGAACGGGCCCUCCCGCAUAGAACGCCUGAGCGCCGAAGACUUCGAGACGGCGUCCAUACGCUCGGCCGCCCCGUCUUACAUCUCCGAAGCGCCAUCCUACCACUCAACCCUCCCCACCAACGAAAGCGUCCCAGAGUACACUCCCCGCGAACCCGCAACAACCUCAGCCGUCCCCUCGCCUCCGCGCUACGCCGCCAGCUCCUCCAUGCUGAACCUCUCCUCUUCCACACCGACGCCGACGCCCAUGACAUCCACCUUCGCCCCGGGCGCCGGCCUCCCGCGCAUCCCCUCCCCGCGCCGCGACGCGCCCCGGCUCUCGCACUUCCAGAUCCCGUCCUGGUCCUCCAUGGCCAGCAACCCGACGGCGCGGCACUACCAGCGGGUCGCGCACCGGCGCGUGUCCGCCGCCGCGAACGGGGGCCGCUGGGGCGGCGGCGGCGGCGUCGAGAGCGCUUUGCGGUCCGCCGUCGAGCGCAUCAAUGCGAAUGCUGCUGCCGCUGCUGCCGCAGCAGCGGCGGCAGACGAUGCGGACGACCCGGAUAAGGUGCGUCCGCUUGAGGACCCGUACCUAGUCGGCGAGGAGGCCGCGGCGCGGGCGCGGCGCGAGAGGUUGGCUCGCCAGAACGGGGAUGAGGUCUUGUAUCGCGAGGAGAGGCGGUGGGAUUGGUUCCUCGGCCAGACGAGGGACUGGGACGAGCGCAACCGAAGCUGGGGCGCCUUCAGCACUACUAUCGACAACCGCGGAAGACUGGCUCGCCGCUUCGGCCGAUAAUCGUCACUUUACGCCAGGUGUAUACGAGAAGUGUGUGUGAGCUGUACGUGUGGCAGUGACGUCGAUUUCGUCAAUUCUGACUGUGGAUUUUCAACAACCUGGACUGGUGAUAGCUGCUUUCUGUUUCUUUUCAUUCCUUCAGGGACUUUCGGGUUAUCCUUCUUACACGCAUUGGGCGGCGCUACCUGCUU